UGAGUGGGAAACAGCGACCGCAACAUUAACCGUUGCAUCGGGCCGCCGUGAGUGACUUUUAAUAUUGUGUUUGUUCGAAAAACGCGCAUCUGUCGCGUAUAAUUUACAAAAACUAGUUAUUAAAGUUUUACUGUCGCCCUUCCGAAUUACAUAGAUUUAAACAAACUACACAACAUGCCCAACUUCAAAGUGAAAGUAAAAUGGGGCAAGGAAACCUACAGCGACGUAGAAGUGAAUACAGACGAGCCGCCGAUGUUGUUCAAAGCACAAAUAUUUGCUUUGACUGGUGUCCAGCCAGAAAGGCAAAAAGUGAUGGUUAAAGGUGUUACUCUCAAAGACAAUGAUUGGGAUAACUUUAAAUUGAGAGAUGGUAUGCCAGUGCUGCUCAUGGGUAGCAAAGAGGAAGAAAUUCCUAAGGAACCUGUUGAAAAGACAGUUUUUGUUGAGGAUAUGAAUGAUAGUGAACUAGCAACUGCUUUGGAAUUACCAGCAGGAUUAACCAAUCUAGGCAACACAUGUUACAUGAAUGCAACUGUGCAAUGCCUAAGGACAGUUCCAGAGUUGAGGGAAAGUUUGAUCAAGUUCCCAGGGGCUGUGGCUGGAGCAAGUGGAGUUGUGCCAGCACAUUCAAUCACAGCAGCUCUUAGGGAUUUGUAUAUCAGUAUGGAUAAAGGUCAAACUGUCCCACCAAUCAUUUUACUGCAAGUGCUGCAUAUGGCGUUGCCUAGGUUUGCAGAAAAGUCCGAACAUGGAGGGUAUGCACAGCAGGAUGCCAAUGAGUGUUGGACUGAGAUGGUCAGGAUGCUUCAGCAGAAAUUACCGGCUAAGGUUAACACAGAGGUAGAAAUCGCUGCAGGGAGUGGAUAUAAAUCUUUGAUUGAUCAAUACUUUGGUGGGACUUUUGAUGUGGAAUGGAAGUGUGUGGAGUCAGAGGAUGAGCCGAUAACGAAAAGUACCGAGCAAUUUUUACAAUUAAGCUGCUUCAUAUCACAGGAUGUUAGAUAUAUGCAUUCUGGGUUGCGUUCUAAAAUGCAAGAGCAAAUCACUAAAAUGUCGCAGACUUUAGAACGGGACGCUGUGUAUACAAAAACAUCUAAAGUUAGCCGAUUGCCUGCAUAUUUAACAAUCCAAUUCGUACGAUUCUACUACAAAGAAAAGGAAGCAAUCAACGCGAAAAUUCUAAAAGAUGUAAAAUUUCCCAUGGAUUUCGACGCGUUCGAAUUGUGUUCCACUGAACUACAGGAAAAACUCGCGCCCAUGCGUGCAAAAUUCAAAGAACGCGAGGAUGCGUUGGUGGAACAAGCAGCCGCAUUAGGAAAGAAACCCCUUAAGAAUAAAGGAGAUGGCAAGGACAUCAAAUACGCCCCCUAUCACUUUGAAGAUGACUUAGGAAGUAGCAACAGUGGUUACUACACCCUUCAAGCAGUACUCACUCAUCGAGGCAGAUCAUCUUCAAGUGGUCACUACGUCGGCUGGAUUAAACAAUCUGAUGAGACGUGGAUUAAGUGUGAUGAUGACACUGUAUCGCCGGUUACCACCGAGGAAAUUCUGAAGCUCUCCGGUGGUGGAGAUUGGCACUGUGCGUAUGUUUUACUCUAUGGCCCACGACUUCUUGAUUUGACGGAGAUACCAGCUGAGCCGAUGGUCACUGAGUGAAUGAUGAGUGGAAUACUUUAACAUAUUGCUGCUUUGCUGCUGUUUUCUACGGACUGCGAACGUCAUUUUGAAGUGAACGUUUGAUACUGGGUUCUUUCUACACUUUUUUAAGCGUUCGUUUCAUACAAAUGCAUUUCAUUUGUUUAACUGUACAACAAAAGUAAAUAAAUUUGCAAUUUGUAUAAAUCAA